AUGAAGUUGAACCCGAGCAAAUGCACAUUUGUAGUCUCGUCCGGCCGAUUCCUUGGAUACUUGGUCACCCAAAGAGGAAUUGAGGCACAUCCAAAUCAAAUCAAGGCUAUACUCAACAUGAAGUCACCUGCCACAACAAAAGAGAUACAAAGUUUAACGGGUAAGGCGGCAGCUCUCAACCGAUUCCUCUCUAGAUCUACCGACAAAUGCAGACCAUUUUUCAAAGCCUUGAAGAAGGGACACAAAGACAAGUGGGAUGACGAGUGUGAAGUAGCUUUUCAAACCUUGAAAACUUACCUCACUUCACCUUCAUUGCUCUCAAAGCCGAUACCAGGUGAAGACUUGUACAUCUACAUAGUGGUGUCCGACUCAGCUGUCAGCUCAGCUCUCAUCCAAGAAGAGCUAGGGGCACAACAUUCGGUAUUCUACACUUCAAAAGCUCUCCCCAAUGCAGAGACUCGCUAUCCGAAAAUGGAGAAGCUCAUUUUUUCGCUUGUGGUUUCUGCGAGAAAGUUAAGGCCAUACUAUCAGGCACACCGGGUAAUUGUCAUAACAUAA